AUGGAUGAGAUUGAAGAUGAGCUUGAAUGUCCCUUAUGUCUGGAAGAAAUCGACAUUACGGACAAGUAUUUCAAACCAUGUCCAUGUGGAUAUCAGAUAUGUCGAUUCUGCUGGAACAAGAUCAAGAAUGAUUUGGAUGGAAGAUGUCCUGGUUGUCGAAGAGUCUACUCGGAGCAAACCAUGGAGUUUAGACCCGUUCCUCCUGAGGAACUCGCUCAUAUCAAGAAUCGAAAGAAACAACGUGAACGAGAAAAGAAGGAUCAGGAAAUCUCUGCAAAACGACAUAUGGCUUCAGUUCGAGUCGUAAUGAAGAGUUUGGUUUACGUUUUUGGAUUGCCGACAAAGAUUGCUGUAGAAGAGACUAUCCGACUAAAUGAGUAUUUUGGUCAGUUUGGCAAAAUUACCAAAGUGCUGAUUGGGAAACGUGGUCAUGGUCAUACUCCAGCAUUGGCUAGUCUAGCGAAUAAUGGUGUCUAUAUCAUGUUUGCCAAGAAGGAAGAUGCUGCCAAAGCUCUCCAGUCUGUGGAUAUGACUCUGUGGGAUGGGCGCUCGUUACGAGCUACUUAUGGAACCACCAAAUAUUGCACAUACUAUCUCAAGAAUUUGCCAUGCUCGAAUAUAAAUUGCCAGUGCAUGCAUGAGCCUGCAGAGGAAGCCGAAGCAUGGGCAAAAGAAGAGAUAGUACGUCUUGCGACAAGAGAACGAACGUGGAGAAGUCCACCAUUCCCUACUCUGAGUGAGCAGGCUCGAAAAGAAGAAAAGGAAUCUAGUGCCUUGCCUGCUACUGCAAGUUGGGCAAAGACUGGACAGCCACCACAACCACCUGCUCUUGUGCAGCAUAGAUCUACUGCUAGUGUCUCCUCGGUGUCGUCUUCUUCAUCAAAUCUACCAGAUGGCACACCAGAGCCAGAUGUACAAGAGCAGCCAGAGGGAGACUUUGGUAAUGAUCUAGAUCUCCCAUUUUUGGUGCCUGCUAAAGAAUCUCAGAGAGAAAGGAAGCAGAGAUUACGUGGGAAGAUUGUUGUUGAACCAGGAGGAGUUGGACAGUCAUCAUCAACGACUCCAACAUCAGCUACCACUCCGCAACCACCAAGCAUAAACCCAACACCGCCUCCUGGUUUGAUGGGUCGAGGAAUGUCAGCUGUAGAUCAUGCUCUGCCUCAUAUUGAAGAAGAGCCAAUAUUGGGAUCCAGAGCCUUGUCGGAAGACGAUCCACCAGUAACUUUAUUAAAUCAGUCAUUUGGCGGUGUAGCACCAUCUAGAAUGGCAGUGCCUACAUCAUCAUCUGUCUCGUCGGCAUCAUCAACAACGAUAGAAUCCAGAACCUCACCGAUAGAAGAACCAGACCAUUCUGCACUGUUUAAUUUGCAUCCCAGAUAUUCUGGACCAUUUGAUCCAUUCAGAGAAGAUUCUUUGGCGUUCUUGACUGGAGCUUCUCCAACAUCGACAACACCAAAUCGAUAUGAAGACGCGCCAUUAUCAUCAGCAUCAAAUAGUAAUAUCCAACCAUUAGGACAACAAACGCCACAACAGCAACAGCAAUUACUUCCGCAACAAAUGUCACCGCAGCAGCAACGGUUUUCUCAACCACCGUCACCCUCACAAUCAUCCACGCCAAAUGGUAUGUUGUCGUCGAAUGCAAACUUUCGGUUUGAUCCAUUCCGUGAUGAGGCUGUUAUUGCUGUAAGACAACGAGAAGCUGCUAUGGCUGGAUCGAUACGUAAUAAUGAUAGCAUGCCGUCGACAUCUCCGCCAUCAACGGAUCCAAGAUCUAAAAAUGGCAGCAGUAGAUUCGAACGAUUCUUUGGUGGUAAUCCUGCGGAUAUCUUUGAAGAUGAGGUCGUAUUAAUGCGACCCCAAGAGCGAAAGCAGGAAUCAAUUCGACCUGGAGGAUUUCCCAAUACAUCGUUCGAUGAUUCAGGUCCUCGUUGGCCAGAGCCAUCACGACGAAUGUCUGCUGCUCAGGAUGAAGAAUCUUGGUCCUCAGCGCCUCGAUAUGCAAAUCCUCAACAGCAACAACAACAGCAGCAACAACAGCAGCAGCAACAUCUACAACAAUAUCGUAAUGUCGCUCCAGGAUUUGGUGGUGGUAAUUUACCUCCGAAUCGUGAGUCCAUGCUAUAUAUGCAACAAGGACAGCAUCAAGCUGCUGUCGCAGCAGCUGCUCAACAAAGAGAACAACAAUUGUUGGCUGCACGAGUACAAGCAGCUUAUCUGGCAGCUGGUCGCUCACCUCCUUCUCAAGAUGAAUUAUUGUCUCAAAUGAUGAAGGAGGCACAAUUUAGAGAUCGAGAACGAGAGCGGUCUGUAUCUUCGUCACGAGCACAGCAGCAGCAACAACACCAGCAAUCUAUGCAUGGAUCUGAUCAGAUGAAUAAUAAUGGUAUUCGAGAUCCUGCAAUAAUGUCUAUUCGUAUGUCGCAGCAGCCAAUGCCCAAUCAGCCGCCUCUGUCACCGUCGUCGUAUCAACAACAGCAAGUUGAUGGUGGUCGGUCGAGAUUAAGAGUAUUUGAGAAUGUGGCGCUAGGGCAAGGUGCUGGUGGAAGUGGAAGUCCUAUGGGGUUUGGACAAAAUCUUGAUUGGGGUCAGCAACGAGGUGAGCCAGAUAGGCAGCUUCAUCCACGCGAUGCAAGACAUGUGAAUGAUAUCAAUGUUGAGGAGGAUUUUCGGUUGGGCGGGACAGAUUCAGCGGUUUUUUUUCGAGGAGAACAACCGCUCCUGGUCCCGCCGGAUCAUUUAAUGGAGGACCAGGGAGGUGGCAAUGAACGAACUUCCUCUCUUCCCGACCCUUUACGGUCUCCUCAACAAGCCUCAUCCACAUCACCAUCAAGAAUAAUAGCACAUAACGAUUGGAAUGCAUGGAGACCAGAAACCUUUAUUGAUUCGUCACCUGCGGUCGUCGGUGCUGUCCGAGAUGUAAAUAGUCAAAAUAGUCGAACUUCAGCAGUAUCACCAGCACCGUCUACAGCAGCGUCUCGGUCUACCUCUUCAGCUACACCAGAACCGCCAUCAACACCUUUAAGAACAAUGUCUCCUGCACCAUCUAAGCCCAUCUCAUCAUUGCAUCAACCUACGUUAAAUCGAUCCACUACUCCACCAGUAGUAACGACAUCUAUAUCAUCUACUCCGAUAAAACCAUCUAGUGAACCAGCUGUUAUAUCUGUAUUUUCGACUACAGCAUUUCCACCAUUACGUUCACCUGAAAAGCCGACAUCUCCAUCCUCGCCUAUUGGUCUUCCCAUACGCAGUAAAGUAGUAUCUAUCGCAUCAACUCCAGCGUCGUCCGUAGCCGCUAAAGCUGUCUCGGUGGUUGCUACUGCACCGUCGUCACAGUCGUCGUCACUCACUUCUUCACCAACGCUAUCCAAAUUGGCUACACCUCAAGCACCAGUCAAGAAGAUUGUUGAAGCAAAGUCUUCUAGUAUCGCCAACGGUAUUAGUUCUGUGACAGCAAUCUCAACCGCCUCAGAUCAACGUAAUGGUAAUAAGAAGGUAGACGUCAAGUCUCCUGAUACUGAAAAGGCCAAGAUUCAAUCUCCUGCGUCGGCUUCAAAGGAAUUGCCCAAGGCAUUAGACGUCAAAACAGAAGCCAAGGUGGAAGCCAAGGUUGAAGCUAAAGUCGACGAUAAGACGGAACUCAAGGCUGAGUCUGCUUCAAAACAGGAGAAACCAAAGUCUGAAGUCAAAAGUCUUCAACCUAAAGGUGGUUUUCUUCCUCCAUCUGCAAUUGAAGAAAAUCCACUGGCUGGUCGUAAACGAAAGACGAAGGUGAAAAAUGAUGGUGAAUUUAUACUUAGAACUGCUAUUGCUGGACAGGGUUUAUCAUCAAAGGGUUCUCAAGAGAACUUGGAUACAGCAUCUGUAGCUAGCACAGAACCAGAGACUGUAGUUGACGAGUCAUGGUUGUCUGGAUUGGUAUUAGGUCCUGGAGGUUCCAACUCUAAAAAGAAGAACAAGAGAAAAGGAACCAACAAUAAUUCAGUAGAAAGCUCAGCACCAAUGUCUCCAGUAAAUCCUAAACAACCACUCGAAUCGGACACAACUAAUACUAGUAAACCAUCAUCAACAACCAAACCCGACACCAAGAAUGAAGCUCAAUCAGCUAGCAUGCCAUCAAAGGUCUGGCAAGACUUGCAAAAGAAGCUAUACGAUCUGGAUGCAGCCUUUAAAGCAACUGUGCCACCUCGUAAACCCGAAACUAAUACUGCAUCUAAACGAUCAAAGGCUUCUGUGUUGGCUUCUGCAGAUGCCAGAGCUGCCAUGGUCUCCAUGCAUAUCGAUCCAUCUGCAUCGGGUGAAGCACGCGUUGCCGCUGACUGGACUGUAAACUUGUCGCCUAAUGACGUUUCCUUGAUGCCUGGUGGAAGUACAGCAACUGGCAGUCUUGAUUUGAAUACUUUGAGUUUGAACUUUGGUAAUCUUGGUCAACUUAGUCAGCUUGCUCAGAGUUUGGGUAACAUGUCAGUUGAGCUCCAUGAUUCACUUGACGCUCAAAAGAGAAGUGGCAAAAGCUACGUGCCUUUAUCUCUUGAUCCAAGCACGUUUAUCGACCAAACUUUGGAAUCUUUGGCCGCUACUGCUUCUGUGUUGUAUGAAGGAUUAGAAGCUCAACUAGAAAGAGUAAAAUUUUUGGAAGAAUCUCAAAAGGCUAACUCAAAGGGCAAAGGCAAGAGGAGUGAGGACGACGCAUCUGUAAAAUCCAAUAUUGUUAUGGCCAGGGUAGCAGAUCAUGUCAAUCGUUUGGAAGAAGUGGCUUCUAAGCUCCAUGGAACCGUGUCUCGUACACCUAAUAAUCAUAAUUCCAUGAAACCUUCAAGCUCAGUCAACAAGAAUGAAAAUGUAGCAUCAUUAUCCGCCAUGUAUGGGCUUGCAAUCAACCCGACCACGUCGACUUGGUCUACUGAUGAUUGGAGAGCCAAAGUCAAGUCCGUUGAGUUGGUCAUGAAACGUGUACGUGAAGCACGAGAUUUGAGAAAGAAACAAAAGGAACGUACUAGCCUGAGUGAAAAUACUACAGCACUUCAAUCGAUCGAAGCUGCUGUCGCUACUAUGAUAUCUAUGGUGCAACCUGCUGUCAAUGGGUUGCUGGUACCUGAAAGUGAACUAGGUCAUUCAGAUGGAAUGGAGUAUGAUGACGAUGACGAAUUGCAAUCGUCAAAUGAUCGAUAUGUAGAAGCUUCUGAUGGCGGUGUAUAUGGCCAACUAGACACAGAACGUAGUGUAGAUGUCAAUUAUUGGCGCAACUGGUUGAAUGCUUAUUCGCCACGAUUGUCAAAACCACCAUCUCAGCAAAGUUUGCCAUUUGGAAACGAUUAUCUCCGUCAGCUCUUGGAAUCAGUUCGUGGUAUUGUUGUAACUGGUGAAGAAGGUAGUCCCUUCAAUAAUAGUAGCCCAUCUUUGCCAUCUCAGUUGUCUCCCGAAAGUGAUGCUUCCAAACAGGAUGCCAUACCUCCCACGUUAAGCGAUACGGCUUCUACAACACGACUAUCACCCAACAUUGAUGAUACAGGAUCUGUAGGCGAUAGUUUAGCUAGUCAACCAUCUCGUCGUACACAUAGAACUGUCUCUCAUAGAGGAUCUUCGUCGGAUCUGAGUAUAUUAGAGUUGCCUACGGCACCGGCUGCACUCUUUCAGACAUUGUCAAACCCUUCAGUUGAAGCAAUAGAAGCUCAGCUGGACGAGGUUCGUUUAUACAUUCAAGAGCUAGAGAAACGAAUUGUAAAUGUAGUACGCCAUAAUCGUGGGCAGUUGAAGCGCAUCGGGAAGCUUUUGGGAAUCGACCCACAUCUAGAAAGAUUCGCAUUUAUAGAGCCCGUCUUGUAUUAUGAACAGAUUCAAGACCCGGAUAAUGGCGAUACCACCGAGGGUGAAGAUCUAGAUGAGUGGCUCGACGAGGAAAAUGAAGAGGAUGAAGAUUGGGACGAUGAAGAAGGGGACGACGACGAUGAAGAAAAUGAGGAUGAUGAGGAUAUGGAGGCAGAGGAAGAAUUUCUUAGGAAACAACUGGAGCAAAAGAAGCUCGAGCCCAUCAAUAUCAGGGUUGUAGGAAGAGACCAACCUGAAGCCGCUUUCAAGAUCAAACGAACAACGCCAUUAGAGAGGUUGAUGACCGCAUACUUAACAAGGAUCUAUACUGGACAGAACAAGAAUAGCGUCCGAUUCCUUGCCUCGAGUGGUGAAACUAUCAACCCUACAGACACGCCCCAUGAUUUGGACAUGGAAGAUGGCGAGGUAAUACACAUUUCCGAUGGUGGCGUCAAUGGCAAAGGCCUUGGUGUCGUUCUAAAAAGUAUGUAG